AUGGCUUAUCCAAGAAGAACAAUCCGUCCGUCGAGACGAUCAACGUCUUCGUCGUUGAUGUCAAAAAUAACAUUAUUCGCUUUCGUCCUCAUCGCCGUCAUCUGUUUCUUACCUGUUGGUCAUCAGGUCAGAGCUGAGGACAAGGAGGUAGACGUUGGCACUGUCAUUGGUAUUGAUUUGGGUACGACUUAUUCUUGUGUUGCUGUCCAUAAAGGUGGAAAAGUAGAAAUCAUCGCCAACGACCAAGGAAACCGUAUCACACCAUCAUGGGUAGCAUUCACAGAAGAAGAACGAUUGAUCGGUGACGCAGCUAAGAAUCAAGCUUCCAAUAACCCCGAGAACACCGUUUUCGACGCCAAGCGUCUGAUCGGUAGAUCGGCGGAUGAUGCUGAUGUCAAGAAGGAUCAGAAACACUGGCCUUUCAAGAUUGUUAACAAAGGUGGAAAACCAAUGAUUCAAGUCAACCAUAAAGGUGACCUUAAGGAAUUUACUCCUGAGGAGAUUUCCGCCAUGGUCUUGACUAAGAUGAAGGAGACCGCCGAAGCUUACCUUGGUCACAAAGUCACUCACGCUGUUGUCACUGUCCCUGCCUACUUCAAUGACGCCCAACGAUCCGCUACCAAAGAUGCUGGUACCAUCGCUGGUCUUACCGUUCUCCGAAUUGUCAAUGAACCUACUGCCGCUGCUAUUGCCUACGGUCUUGACCGAACUGGUAAAGCUGAAUCUCAAAUCAUUGUUUACGAUCUCGGAGGUGGUACUUUCGAUGUCUCCCUCCUUUCCAUCGAAGAUGGUGUAUUUGAAGUAUUGGCUACUGCCGGUGAUACCCACUUGGGUGGUGAAGAUUUCGACAACCGAGUUAUCGACUACCUCGUCAAACAAUACAAGAGAAAGACCGACGUUGAUGUCAGCAAGAACAACAGAGCUAUGGGUAAACUCAAGAGAGAAGUUGAAAAGGCCAAGAGAACCUUGUCUUCUCAAAUGAGUACUAAGAUUGAGAUUGAAGCCUUCGAAGGUGGUAACGAUUUCUCGGAGACCCUCACCCGAGCUAAAUUUGAAGAACUCAACAUGGAUCUUUUCAGAAAGACCAUGAAACCCGUUGAACAAGUUCUUAAGGAUGCCGGUGUUAAGAAGGAAGAAAUUGAUGAUAUCGUUCUUGUCGGUGGUUCCACUAGAAUUCCCAAAGUCCAACAACUCCUCAAGGAAUACUUUAAUGGUAAAGAACCUUCCAAAGGUAUCAACCCUGAUGAAGCUGUUGCCUACGGUGCUGCUGUUCAAGGUGGUAUCCUUUCCGGUGAAGAGGGAAGCAGUGGUGUCCUUUUGAUCGAUGUCUGUCCCUUGACCCUCGGUAUCGAGACUACCGGAGGUGUUAUGACCAAACUUAUUGGCCGAAACUCUGUUGUUCCAACCAAGAAGUCUCAGAUCUUCUCCACCGCCGUCGACAACCAACCUACCGUACGAAUCCAAGUUUACGAAGGUGAACGAUCCAUGACCAAAGACAACAACAUCCUUGGUGAAUUUGAUCUCAACGAUAUCCCACCUGCUCCUCGAGGCGUCCCUCAAAUCGAAGUUACAUUCGAAAUCGACGCCAACGGUAUCCUCAAGGUAUCCGCUAUGGACAAGGGAACCGGUAAAUCCAAGUCUAUCACCAUCACCAACGACAAACGACGAUUGUCAGCCGAAGAGAUUGAGCGAAUGGUCCAAGAAGCCGAAGAAUUUGCUGAUGAAGAUGCCGCUGUCAAGAAGAAGAUCGAAGCUCAAAACUCCCUCCAGAACUUUGUCUACUCUAUGAAGUCCCAAGUUGCCGAUAAAGAAGGUCUCGGUGGUAAACUAUCGGAAGAUGACAAGGAGACUAUCCUCUCAGCUAUCAAGGAAAAGACCGAAUGGCUUGAGGAGAACCCAUCAGCUGAAGCUGAAGAUUACGAGGAUCAAUUAUCUGAACUUCAAGCUGCUGUUGCUCCUAUCACCGCUAAACUCUAUGGUGGUGCCGGUGGUUCAUCAUACGAUGACGACCAACAGCCUUUCAGCCACGAUGAGUUAUAA